AGGAAGAGGAGGAGGGGGAGGAGUCAAUGUGCAAUGAGGAAGGUGCCAGGUUAUAGCCGCCGCCCCCCCCCACCCCUCAGAACCAGCUCCUUCUCACUGAGCUAGCUUAGCUCGUUAGCUAGUUUUCGGGUGACAGUUCGUUUAAAAAGACAACAAACAGCGGAAUGAUAUGUAUUCGCAGCGAGUGUACUCCCCAGCGGUCCGGGUUGAGAGGCGGAAGCGAAAGGAACUAUAUUAUUAACGGUUAUCUACAGCCGACACUAGCUUAGCUUAGCUUAGCCUAGCUCAGCGCAGCAUUAAGCUAGCAGCGUGUCUCCUCCGCUCCUGUUUUCUCUGUCUGGCUCCGACCAGAGUUUAUUAUCCGCAUUCUCGCGCACACGUCUCACAUUUAAUAUUGUUAUUAAUCACCUGUGACGCGCGCGGGGGAGCUGCGACCUCCACCACACGUCUGCGUGUAUUAAGCUGCUCGGCUCAGGGCUGCCUCUUGAGGACAGUGGGGGCUCUCGAAUGAUCCCCCCGUUCAUCCGAUGAACCCCCUCAACUCCAUGAAACCUUCCCUGCCUCCCAAUCCGCAAAGCAGCGACGGCCCCUUCCUGAAUGACCCCAGUUUCCUGGCAACAGGAACCAAUCAGCACCCGGGAUCCCUCUCCGUCGUAACCACAGUGUGGGGCGUGACCAAUCCCACGCACAGCCAGGUGUUUGGUGCACCCAUGGGUCCGGGCGACAGCUCCGGCGGCCACAUGAUGCCCGGCGGCGGCCCCGGCAUGGGCUCCCAGUACAUGGGCCAGCAGUCGUACGGAGACGCCAUGUCCAAAGGCUACGGCCAGCCCGUCAUGUACGGGCGUCCCAGCGGCGCUUACAACCCGGCCUCGGCCUACGGGGGCAGUUACUCCGGUAACAGUGGAGGUGCCGGUAUGGGGGUGCGUCCUCCCUCGGACUUCACUCAGGCUGUCGCCGCCGCCGCCGCCACUGCAACCGCCACGGCAACGGCAACCGUUGCAGCAAUACAAGAGAAACAGAACCAGGAGCUCAACUAUGGCCAGAUGGGUGGAGCAUCCUCUUACAGCACCCAGUUCCUGUCUCAUGCGGGCCCACGCGGUCCCCCGGGGAUGGUCUCUUCCAGGCCCGGACCUCCACCUUCCAGCGGAGGCCUGUACCCGACUCACCCGGCCCAGGCUCAGAAGAUGCCCCAGCACGGAGGCUACCCUGGUCCACAGCAGGGGCUCAAACGGUCUUUUCACUCCGAGGGUUUUCCGGUGCAGCAGUACGGCUCCGGGGGGAUGUCGGGGUACCCCACCCAGCCCCUGCAGUACCCCUCCGGUCCACAGCAGCGAUGCGCCACCUCCCCCUCCUACCCCUCCAGCCGGAUGCCUCUCAUGGGGCAGUACACCUCCGGAUCGCACAACCCGGGGCAGUUCCCCCCCGGAGCCGGCCAGCCCAACCCUCCUCAGUACUAUAAGUCGGAGCCGUUCAACGGUCAGGGCGGCCUUCCCUCUGGAGGGGCGGGAGGGUACAACGCCUUCACACAGGCGGCGGUCAACGGGCCAGGUCGGGGGGGAGUGAUGCCCGGAUAUCCCAGCUCGCCGAUGGGAGGGAAUCCCACGCCGCCGAUGACACCCGGGACGUCCAUACCCCCCUACCUGUCCCCGGGCCAGGACACCAAGCCCCCUUACCUCCCACAGGACACCAAGCCCCCCUACCUCCCACAGGACACCAAGCCCCCCUACCUCCCACAGGACACCAAGCCCCCCUACCUCCCACAGGACACCAAGCCCCCAUACCUCCCACAGGACACCAAGCCCCCCUACCUCCCACAGGACACCAAGCCCCCCUACCUCCCACAGGACACCAAGCCCAACAUCAACCCCCAGCAGGUGUCGACAGGAAACCCGAGCGACGACCUGCGCCUGACGUUCCCGGUCCGAGACGGCGUCGUGCUGGAGCCGUUCAGGCUGGAGCACAACCUGGCGGUCAGUAACCACGCCUUCCAGCUGAGGGACUCCGUCUACAAGACACUCAUGUUGAGGCCGGACCUGGAGCUGCAGUUUAAGUGUUACCACCACGAGGACCGGCAGAUGAACACCAACUGGCCGGCGUCUGUUCAAGUGAGCGUCAAUGCGACUCCUCUGUGCAUCGAAAGAGGCGACAACAAGACGUCCCACAAGCCCUUGUACCUGAAGCCGGUGUGCCAACCGGGACGCAACACGGUCCAGAUCACCGUCACCGCCUGCUGUUGUUCGCACCUGUUCGUGCUGCAGCUGGUGCACCGGCCCUCCGUCAGGUCGGUGCUGCAGGGUCUGAUGAAGAAGAGGCUGCUGCCGGCCGAGCACUGCAUCACCAAGAUCAAGAGGAACUUCAGCAGCGGCACCAUCCCCGGGACCCCCGGGCUGAACGGAGAGGACGGCGUCGAGCAGACGGCCAUCAAAGUUUCCCUCAAAUGCCCGAUCACAUUCAGGCGGAUCCAGCUGCCGGCCAGAGGCCACGACUGCAGACACAUACAGUGUUUCGACCUGGAGUCGUACCUGCAGCUGAAUUGUGAAAGAGGAACCUGGAGAUGUCCGGUGUGCAAUAAAACGGCGCUGCUGGAGGGACUGGAAGUGGACCAGUACAUGCUGGGGAUCCUCGUCUACAUCCAGAACUCCGACUACGAGGAGAUCACCAUCGACCCGGUGUGCGGCUGGAGGCCGGUGCCCGUCAAGCCGGACCUGCACAUCAAGGAGGAGCCCGACGGCCCGGUUCUGAAGCGCUGCCGCACCGUCAGCCCGAGUCACAUGGUGCUGCCCAACGUCAUGGAGAUGAUCGCCGCUGGGCCGGCGUCGUCCCCCUACCACAGUCUGACCGCGGGGGGCAACACCCCCGACUACAACAGGCCAGGGAGCCAGGGGUUCUCCAGCCAGUCGGGGUUCACGGACUUCCCCAUCACUCCCGGCACGCCGACCCUCGGGGAGUACUCGUCCUCUGGACCGCCGCUCCCCUAUCCCGAGCAGUCGUCUCAUUCUGGACGGAUCGAACACGCCCACAGCAUCCUGCAGCAGCAGCACGGCUCGGUUCACGGUAACCAGGGCCUCGGCGACGCCGGCAGCCCGCUGCCGCAGCGGAACGUGACUACCCAGAAUGCCCGGCUGCAGAGCGAGGGCCCCUUCGCUCUGGGAGGCCCCGGAGGACCCGGAGGGGAUGGCGCCGAUCACGCACUAGACCUUCUUCCUGAGCUGACCAACCCGGACGAGCUGCUGUCCUACCUGGGCCCGCCCGAUCUGCCUAGCAACAGCAGCGACGACCUGCUGUCACUGUUCGAGAACAACUGACCAGCCGUAGCCCCGCCCCCAUUGGUUGAAGACGCCGCCGCCGCCUAUGUUGGCACCCACUUCCUGUGUGUGUGUGUGUGUGCGUGUGUGUGUGUGUGUGUGUGUAUGUCAGUGUACACAAUUGCAUUUUUGUGUGUUUUUUUGUUGUUUUUUUCUCAUUUUUUGCGACCGGAUGAAAAACCAAUCAGAACUCUGCAGACCAGCAUUUUUUUUUUUUUUUAAACUAUAGCACAAACCACCGGCUGAACGUCUCAAACAUGCAGCGUUCAGUUCGUCGCCGUUGGAAACCGUUCGUGGGGAUUUUAAUAGACGCGUUAAUUCAACCGUGGUUCCCAAAACUCUCUUUUAUUCUCUGCACACGCACAUUCCUGGCAGAUUACCGCGUUUCUACCGUUUACCUCAAAAAGGUCGUCGCAACGAAAUAUACAAUCAUCAACAUUGUGAAGUUCCCAGUAGUGUAAAAUCCUUUCUUGUAAUAUUUUAACUUCCCCGUGCAACCUCCCAGUUUGGGAACCAUUGCAUUAAAGGUAAAGGCGUGUGAUAUUCUUCUAUAUUAGGUUAUUAAUCCCAUGGAAAGACACCGAGAGUUUGAACGUCCUCCAUUUCUUUUCCUCGCCUCCGUUUCAAAUUUAAAAGCACGUAUGCGCUCCUCUUUUUUUUAAUAUUGUGAUAUCUCGGGCUUUUAUUGUGAAAGGUCCGCGCUGCCUUUCGUCGAAGGCUGGAAAUAAAGUUUGUCGCUUUUUUUUUUUUUUUUUUUUUAAUGUAAAAUAUUCACAUUCUGUGUGAAAGAGCGACAAAAAAACGCAGUUUGAAAAUUAUAUAUAUAUAUAUAUAUAUUUACAUAUAUGUAGAAAUAAAACGUGCGUAAAGGCAUUCGGUCCUUUUUUUUUUAGAUGCAAGUGGAGAAGGAGGCGAGGAAGAGACGCAAGGAGGCGAGGAGGCGAAGGGAACAGAUGUUUGUUAGGGACUAUUUUCAGCGGCGGAUGAAUACACAUUUUGUGCUCUCGUAGUUAAAUAAAAUACGUGUACAUAAAACCCUUUUAAAUGUACAAAAUCUAAAUCCUAAUUUAAACCUUUUUAGGAUUCAGGGGUUCAGCCGACGUUGGGGGUCAAUCAAUGGAUAUUUAAUUAAAAGAUUUCAGUAUGUUUUUAUUCUAUUUUUAAUUAAAUUAUCUGUUGAAUUGGAAGUUUUUAACAAUCUCCCCCAAAAAAAGUGUCCACCCCAAUUGAAAAGUAAAAAAAAAUUUUAAGGUGUAAAUUAUGGGAUGGCUAAAUGUUAUCAUCCAUCUCAAACAGUUCCCUUUUUUUUUUUUUUUUACGAACAAAAAUAACUCGAUUUACAUCGUUUUCGUUAUUCAAACUGGAGGAAAAUGCAGCGUUUUUUUUAUCGGGGGGACUAUUUUCAGCGGCGGAUGAAUUUCGCAAAUAUAUAUAUACCACCAGAUUAAUGUAAGAUAAGGGCAGCGGUCACUUUAUUUUGUUUGUUUCUCUCUGAGACGACGAAGUAAAAGAGAAAAAAAUAAAUAAACAGAUGUAAAAAAGACUUUUUCUUUCCUUUUUUCUUUUAAUUUUUUUUAAACAUGAAGUUUGGGAGCGCUGAAAAUAUAUAUAUAUAUAUAUAUAUAUUAGAAAAGACUCCCUCUGUUUGGCUUCCCCCUCUGUUUGGCUUCCCCCUCUUCUUCUCUGUUUUCUGGAGCAUCCUGUAAGUUCAGAUGUGUGUCGUGGCAUUUCCUGCCGCUCGAGCGCUUAAAUUCGUGCGUUUUUAAAAAGUCGCCGGCCGCGUGCGCGCGUGUGACCAUCAGGACGCGGGGUUUGUUUACUGUAUAAUCAGCUGUUUUCAUAAGAGAACGUGUGUGUAUCAAAUGAAUUGUUAAUCAUGGUAAUUUUAAUGUUAUUUAGUUGGAUAAUGGAUCAUUUUGUUGCCGCUGUACAUGUUAGAAAGAUUAUAAAGCAAUUGUAAAAAAAAAAAACUAAAAAAACAAGGGUCGCGCCGCCUGACGGAAAGGCGUGAUGCGGUUAAAGCGUGCGGAGGGAUAUAUACGCCGAGCUUUUUUUAAAGACGGCGUUUGUUUUUGUUUUUCUAUAAACGAUUUCACCAACGAGACAACAAAGAAAUAAUGUUCUUUGCCAAACGAGCAACGCGAUGAAGUUAUUAUUAUUAUUAUUGUUGUUAUUGUUACUAUCAUUGUUAUAUUUGGAAAUUACGGACUAUUUAACUGCAAAUUUACUAGGAAAAAAAAGGAAGAAAAAAAGUUUUUUAAUAUGUAAACUAUUCCACAUAUUUUGUAACGCAUUGUAAUUGCCAUUAUUUUCUAUUUAUUUUUUAAUCAUAAUCGUCAUUGUACCUGCAGUUACCUUUUCCCUUCUCCUGAAUAUCAGAAUUAAAAAAAUCACUUUAUUUGACAACAAUACUUUGUUGUGGAGCUUCUGGUGUUUAUUAAGUAUUUAAUACGUAUUUAUGUUGAAGUUUUCAUUCGGACUUGUCGCAUAAAAUCAUACUUUAUACAA